AUGCAUGAUAGGAAAUGGUUGGUUUACUCUACAUAUGUUAACAAGGUGUAUUGUUUCUGCUGUAAGCUUUUUAAAUCCCAUGGCAACAAGAGUUCGUUAGCAGGUAAUGGACUAAAAGAUUGGAAGCAUCUUAGCGAGAGGCUUAAAGAACAUGAAAAUGGUGCAGAGCAUAUUAAAAACAUGAACACUUGGAAUGAAUUUAGAGUCAGGCUAUCAAAAAAUAAAACAAUUGAUAGUGAUUUGCAGCAACAAAUCACAAAGGAGAAAGAACGUUUGAGGCAAGUGCUAAUAAGACUAGUGUCCAUUGUGAAAUUUCUUGCUAAACGAAACUUAGCUUUUCGUGGAUCUAGUGAAAAAAUUUACGAACACAACAAUGGUAAUUUUUUAACAUGUGUAGAGAUUUCUAUCUUGAAGAUUUUUAAAGAGGCCAAAUAUUUCUCUAUAAUUCUUGAUUGUACUCCAGAUGUUAGCCAUCAAGAACAAAUGACUUUAAUUAUUAGAUGUGUUAACAUGUCCAACAACAAAAUUAAGAUAGAGGAGUUCUUUAUGGAAUUUCUAAAGGUGGAUGACACAUCUGGUUUGGGUCUUUUUAAUGUACUUCUUGAUGCUAUAGAGUCUUAUGGCUUAAAUAUUAAUGAUGUUAGAGGCCAAGUGAGUAAGAACUUGCAGUCCGCGACCAUGUGUGUCGACUCUACUUUGCAGCAAAUUGGAGGAGUAAUGGAUUUUUUUGACAACUACAGAAAUGUAGGAUUUGCAUCUAGUUUGAAGAUUGCGAAAGGACUUGCAUCCAAAAUGGGAAUAGAACCAUCAUUUCCAAUAAAACGUACUGUUUCUAGGAAAAGACAAUUUGAUGAGCCCGAUCACGAUGAAGAAGUUCUAUUAGCUGAGAAGGCAUUUGAACUGCCUCCAGAUGCGAUUGCCCACAGUGAUUGCGUCUUCACCCUGAUGCCGGCGGAGGAUGGUGGGCUUGGCUUGGUCAUUGUGUCAAACUUCCGCGCCCAGUUAUGGAAAAGGGAGGCUGAUUGUGAUGGUGCUGCUAUUCAAAAAGGAGCAUACAAGACCCAUGAAGCCCAAGAAGAGUCCAAGACUAGAGACUACACGAAAAUGGGCAAGUAUUAG